UAGUUUUAGACAAUCGUAAAGAAUGGGGAAACGUCCAACUAAUGCCACCAAGGGUGGUAAGUUUAUGAAUCCAACAGAUCAGGCCAGGAAGGAAGCAAGAAGACGAGAGUUAAAGAAGAAUAAGAAACAGAGAAUUCUUGUUAGAAAUGCGGUUCUUAAAGGGAAAAAACCACAAGAAGUCAUCGAAGAACUCGAAAAGGAAAACUUUCGUUUUCACUCGAUUAAUUAUUUUAUUAUGAUAAAGGUGAUGUCUGAGAAGCGUAGGAAGCUGAUGGAGACCUGGGACAGGGUCUACAAGAUGUACGAGAAGGAUGCUCCAGAUCAGUUCGAGGAGGUCAACAAGCAAUGGACAGCUUACCAGGUUAGAAAGAUGGAUGUUAUAAGAUACUAUGAGUCUGUGAUGGCGGCCAAGGAUGUUGAGAUUGAAGGAAUUCCACUGCCUAAUAUGAGUUCAGGAGGACUAGGUGACUGGGAGGAUGAAACAAAUAUACCUUUACCCCCGACUGCGCAGUAUAUACCGAAAUCUGCACUCAAGAAGCCACUGACUGCACAGGAUAGUAUGAAGACCAGAAUGUGUCCCGGAGUCCCCCCUGGACCCCCUCCAUCUAUACAAGAAUAUGAGGAUCUGGAGAAACCAGAUUUAGAUUCAAGGAAACGGAAGAUUAGGUUUGGUGGAGAGGAAGACGACGAAGAAGAGGGAAUGGAAAACUCUGAA